AUGACGCUGUUCCCUAAUUACGAGACAAUCCAACAUACGUUCGGCAGCCCAUAUGCCCGCGCGGGCAAGCUGCAAAGCAACGGGCCCACGCCGCGCCAGGCCCGUCUAGAACUGUACCCGGCAUACUCGGUGGUCGACGAUGCAAAGAAUAAGGCGCAAAAACUGAGCGCCGAGGCGGCCCGGGAGUUUGAGGUAGCCAGCAAAAAAGCGCAAGAAAAGACGGGCCAGAUCCCGCUUUACUCCGGGAAGUACUAUGCCGCCUGCACAUUUGGCGGGAUGAUGGCAUGUGGUCUCACCCACGCAGCCGUCACCCCCCUCGAUCUCGUCAAGACACGCCGGCAAGUCGACUCGAAGCUGUACACGAGCAACUUCCAGGCCUGGGGCAAGAUCUUCCGCGGCGAGGGCGUGCGCGGCAUCUUCACGGGCUGGAGCCCGACCUUGUUCGGCUACUCGGCGCAGGGCGCGUUCAAGUACGGGUGGUAUGAGUACUUCAAGAAGACGUACUCGGACUUGGCAGGCCCCGAGGCCGCGUACAAGUACAAGACGGCGCUCUACCUGUCGGCGUCGGCAUCGGCUGAAUUCCUCGCCGACAUCGCGCUGUGCCCCUUCGAGGCCGUCAAGGUGCGCAUGCAGGGCACGAUCCCGGCGCAGUACACCGGCACGCUGGACGGGUUUAGCAAAAUCACGGCGGCCGAAGGGCUCGGCGGGCUGUACAAGGGCCUCUACCCGCUGUGGGGCCGGCAGAUCCCCUACACGAUGAUGAAGUUUGCGUCGUUCGAGACCAUCGUCGAGAUGAUCUACGAGCGGCUGCCGGGCAGCAAGAGCGACUACAGCAAGGCGUCGCAGACGGGCGUGUCGUUUGUGGGUGGCUACUUGGCCGGUAUCCUGUGCGCCAUCGUGUCGCACCCGGCGGACGUGAUGGUCAGCAAGCUGAACACGUACCGCAAGGCCGGCGAGGGCUUUGGCACGGUCACGUCCAGGAUAUAUGCGGACAUUGGUUUCCGCGGGUUGUGGAACGGCCUGCCGGUCCGUAUCGUCAUGAUUGGUACCCUGACUGGUCUGCAGUGGAUGAUCUACGACUACUUCAAGAUCUUUAUGGGUCUCCCCACGACCGGUGGCGCGCCGCCCCCGGAGACGAAGAAGCAGUAA